CGGCAGCGGCGGCAGCGGCAGGAGCUGCUGCAGCAGCGGCGGAGGCUGCUUCUGGACUCCUUGGGGUCGCGCAGUCGCAGCCCCAGUCCGGAGGCUCCGGGCGGUGCGUUGGGCGCCGCCGCCGCCGCCGCCGCUGCUGUUGUUGCAGACCACCAGCAGCCACCCGGACCCCCGCUGGCACUGGGGCCCCGGAUGCCCUCUGCAUUCCGGGUGACCCUGCUGGCGAGUGUGCCCCAGCCUGGACGCCGUCCCCGGCCGGGUCUCCACUCCUCCGCCACACCUCCCAUGACAGCUCCCGCACGAAGAUGGCUGCGAAGGGCGCGCACGGCUCCCACCUGAAGGUGGAAAGCGAGAUGGAGCGCUGCCGCGCUGAGGGCCACUGGGACCGCAUGUUCGAGCUGGUCCGGCAUCUGCAGACGUUGGGCAUUUCCGGCGGCGGCAGUAGCAACCGGCGAAACAGCCCGAGCGGCAGGUUCAUGUCUCUGGACACCGAUGACUUGGGGAAACUUCUGCAAGCAGAGGCCGUUCUGGAGCAGUGUUUGAAGGAUAACCAUGACAAAAUAAAAGACUCCAUCCCUCUGCUGGAGAAGAAUGAGUGCAGGCUAACCGAAGCCAAAGAUCGGCUGAGCAGUGUCCUGAACAACGGGAAGCUGCCGCCACAGUACAUGUGUGAGGCCAUGCUGAUCCUGGGCAAGCUGCAUUAUGUGGAGGGCUCAUACCGGGAUGCCAUUAGCAUGUACGCACGGGCCGGGAUUGAUGACAUGUCUGUGGAGAACAAGCCCCUGUACCAGAUGCGGCUGCUGGCAGAGACGUUCGUCAUCAAAGGCCUUUCCCUGGAACGUCUGCCCAACUCCAUCGCCUCCCACAUCCGCCUGACUGAGCGGGAGGAGGAAGUGGUCACCUGUUUUGAGAGGGCCUCCUGGGUGGCUCAGGUGUUCCUGCAGGAGCUGGAGAAGACCUCAAACAACAGCACAUCAAGGCACCUAAAAGGCAGUCCCUCAGUUGACUAUGAACUCACUUAUUUCUUGGAAGCUGCCCUCCAGAGUGCAUAUGUGAAGAACCUGAAGAAAGGGAACAUCGUGAAAGGCAUGAGGGAGCUCCGGGAGAUUCUGAGGACUGUGGAGACCAAAGCAACGCAGAACUUCAAAGUGGUGGCGGCCAAGCACCUGGCUGGGGUUCUGCUGCAUUCCCUGAGUGAGGAAUGCUACUGGAGCCCUUUGUCCCAGCCUCUGCCUGAGUUCAUGAGCAAGGAGGAGAACUCCUUCAUCACCCAGACCCUCCGGAAACCUCACCUCUAUGAGGGAGACAACCUCUACUGCCCAAAGGACAACAUAGAGGAGGCACUCCUACUGCUGCUCAUCAGUGAGUCCAUGGCAACUCGGGACGUGGUACUGAGUCGGUCACCAGAGCAGGAGAAGGACCGGAAAGUGAGCCUGCAGAAUGCAUCAGCUAUCUAUGACCUCCUGAGCAUCACACUGGGCAGGCGCGGCCAGUACGUUAUGCUUUCUGAGUGCCUAGAGCGAGCCAUGAAGUGUGCAUUUGGAGAAUUUCACCUCUGGUACCAAGUGGCCCUCUCCAUGGUAGCUUGUGGGAAGUCGGCCUACGCCGUGUCCCUGCUGCGUGAGUGUAUGAAGUUGCAGCCUUCGGAUCCCACGGUGCCCCUGAUGGCUGCCAAGGUCUGCAUCGGGUCCCUGCACUGGCUGGAAGAGGCGGAACACUUCGCCAUGGUGGUGAUCAGCCUUGGAGAGGAAGCAGGAGAGUUCCUGCCUAAAGCCUACCUGGCCCUGGGUCUCACCUACAGCCUGCAGGCCACUGAUGCCACCCUGAAGUCCAAGCAAGAUGAGUUGCACCGCAAGGCUCUGCAGACACUUGAGCGAGCCCAGGCACUGGCGCCCGAUGACCCCCAGAUUAUCUUCUAUGUUGCCCUGCAGCUUGCCCUCGUUCGGCAGAUCUCCAGCGCCAUGGAGCAUCUUCAGGAGGCCCUGACGGUGUGCAGGGAUGAUGCCAACGCCCUCCACUUGCUAGUACUGCUCUUCUCUGCCCAGAAGCAUUACCAGCACGCACUGGACGUCAUCAACAUGGCCAUCACCGAGUACCCUGAGAACUUCAACCUGAUGUUCACCAAGGUGAAGCUGGAGCAGGUGCUCAGAGGCCCGGAAGAAGCCCUCGUGACAUGCAGGCAAAUGCUGAGACUGUGGCAGACCCUCUACAAUUUCUCUCAGCUGGGAGGCCUGGAGAGGGAUGGCAGCUUUGAAGGCCUCACGGUGAAGAAACAGAAUGGCAUUCACCUGACUCUGCCGGAUGCCCAUGACGCAGAUUCUGGUUCUCGGCGGGCAUCAUCUAUCGCAGCCUCGAGACUGGAGGAGGCCAUGUCGGAGCUGACCAUAACAACCUCAGUCCUAAAGCAGGGCCCCAUGCAGCUGUGGACCACACUGGAACAGAUCUGGCUUCAGGCCGCUGAGCUGUUCAUGGAGCAGAGACACCUCAAGGAAGCAGGUUUCUGCAUCCAGGAGGCUGCUGGCCUCUUCCCCACCUCUCACUCAGUGCUCUACAUGCGAGGCCGGCUGGCUGAGGUGAAGGGCAACUUAGAAGAGGCUGAGCAGCUGUACAAGGAAGCGCUCACCGUGAACCCGGACAGCGUAUGCAUCAUGCACAGCCUGGGUCUGAUGCUGAGUCAAUUGGGCCACAAGAGCCUGGCCCAGAAGGUGCUGCGGGAUGCUGUGGAGAGGCAGAGCACCUGCCAUGAAGCAUGGCGGGGCCUGGGUGAGGUGCUGCAGGACCAAGGCCAGAACGAGGCUGCCGUCGACUGCUUUCUCACUGCCCUGGAGCUGGAGGCCAGCAGCCCUGUGCUCCCCUUCUCCAUCAUCCCCAGAGAGCUCUGAGCCUCUGCAGCAGCUGCGGGCUGUCCAGUGCACGCAGCUGACACAAACAGGGGAAAGGACCGGCUGCACUCAGGUGUGGGGCCUCAGGGAAUAGAUGACUAGUGAACAUUUCCACAGGCCUGAGAUCCCUUCUGAAGCUGGGUGGACGAGAUUUGCAUCCAAAGCAAAUGCCUUGCUCCCUGGAGGCUGGCAUUGUGGUGCUGCUGAGCAGGGGGGCCCCUUUAGAUAAAAGGUGUGUUUGGACCCAAGCCCCACCCUCAGCUGCCCUGAUUUCCUGGUGUGGGAUGAACCACUCUUGAGUUGGUGUACCGUAGAGAUGAACCUGCCAGCUGCGCUCUGGCUGGGCCAGGCUUUUCCUGGCCUUUCUUGGUGCCUUGGGAGACAAACCAGCUUGAAUCUAAGUGACUUUACAGAGCUGUGGUGGGCUGGAGAACCUCCCAGUCUCAGGGCAGUGCAAACUUGAAACUGUUCUUGUGCCUUGCGGAGAACAGCCACAGCGUGAGGUCUCAGGCACAGGAGGUUCCUAUCAGACUGAAUUAGCACUGUUGAUGCCCAGUGUUGCCUCCAUGGGGAGGUUUUCUGAGAGCUUUCUCUGUGCCAUUAAGUGCCUUUGGGGCUCAUGACAGGCCAGGCCUCCUAAACACGGCCCCUAAGUCUUCCAUUUUCACCCUCUCCCGUCUCCCUGGAAACAUGCCCCAGCCAGUAGGCUCCAUGGACCUUCCUUACACCAGUGGCCUCUAGGAUGGGCCUUGGGAUAUAAAACAGAGUUCUGACCUGGCCAUUUCUACUACCUUGAGUACACAUUCCUUCAAGGCUCUCCCAAGUGAGCGAUAUCAAAGUGACGAUUUAUAGGACCCCCCCCCCCAAUACACAUCAUCACCCACAGCCCAGUCUUCUUCACCUUAGGCUUUGUUGAGUGACCCAAAGCCCCAGCUUGGCCCUUUAGGCUCCCCUGCCCAGAUCCCCACAGAAGCCAUGCUUGGGUGGGUGGAGGAGGAACCUGGCCUGCUCCCCCUGCUCUGCCCACGUGCUUUGCUUGCCAGGGUCCAGGCCGCUGGGCAGAUGUCCCUGGCUGGCUUGUCAACCUGCCACUCUGCUUCUGGAAUGUUCCCUUAGGAGACCACCCCCCACGGCCUAGCAGAGUGUUCCUUUCUGUCUGCCCCACUCUCUGUAUCUCCCUCGGGUUCACCUUGCUCUCAUUUUAAAAUGUAUAGAGAGGGGUCAAGAACUGCCCGGUUUACCACGGCCGGCCACAGCUUCCUUGGCUGGAGAAGACCAUUGCAUUGGAGCCUGGCUCCAUGCUGUACUGCCUUAGCCACAGCCCCAGGCCAGAGGGAGGACAUUCAGUCCUUGGUUUCUUGGUUGAAGGGUCUCUAUGUGUGUGUAUAUAUAAAUAUAGAUAGAUAGAUAUGCUAGAGAUCUAUAUUUUUAUGGAAUUCUGUUAGAAAGAGAAGGAAAACUAAGCAGAUACUGUUGACAUAUCUUGAAGAGAUGAUGGUCAGUCUUGGCAGUGGGAGAGACACCAAAUGCAUUCUGACUAAGAGUUCCCUCUUUGGAGGCCAUGGGGGACAGGGCCCAGUACCUGACAGCGACCUUGGAAAUUGAAUAAAAGACCCUUGACGGGGAA